AUGGCUGAUCAAACAUUAUUAGCAAAAUCACGGAAAGCUCGAUUAGAUGAUUUGCCAAAUUUCUCAGGACAUCCAUCCGAAGAUGUCGAACGAUUUUUAAAAACUAUUAAAAGCAUAACGAAAGCACCCGAUGAAUCGGAAAACCAAGAGAUUCUUGAAAUUGUAUGUGGUAAAUUAUUAAAAUCAGCUGGCAUAUGGUUUGACAAUAAUGAAAGUGCUUUCAAGAGAUGGUCAGAUUUCGAAUCCGCAUUUCGAAAUCGAUAUUUUUCAACAACAAUGAUUCAAGAGAAAUUCGAUAAACUGAAAGGAAGAAAACAAUCUCCUGAUGAAUCCAUCAUAUCUAGGCAUGACCCAAACCCAAACUCAUAUUCAAACCGUUUGGGAGUUUGGGUUUGGUUUAAUGAGUUUGAGUUUGGGUUUGGGUUUGGAUAUUGA